AGCUGACGCCAACAUUACCCCAACCCAAAGAAUUGCAGCUUAGCUCUUUCUUAUAUUGUAUCUUUUUCAUCAACAUCCAUACUACGCUGUCCUAACUGAAGCGGACGGAUCUUGGCUUAAUCAUCUGUGCAGCUCGCCAAAACGCUUCCCGAAGCCUAUCGAUCCUUGACGGCGAACCAUUCAGCUUCGGCCUAGAAGCUAAUUUACAUAAUUACCUCUACUAGGCUGAGUGAUAUGUCAUGCCCAUAAUAAGAACCUCUCUCGAUAUAGCAGGUCGAGACCGUGGCUGACGAUUUUCAACACUUAGUCACUUAGUAAUAGGUAUGCAGCUUUAACCUCAGGGGCUGCUGCGUCUAUACGAUGCUUAACAACGAGUCGUGUAGUUGAAUCUGGUCAAGCCUAUAUCGCCUUAAAAUUCGAUAUGGAAGGUUGCAUUCGGCUAACAGCCAGUAUACAAAAUCCCACAACUUCUAUCACCAGAACCGAGCUAGCUCUUCACCACACUAUAAAUAAAGGACUAGCAUAUCAUUUACGCCAUGUUUUUCUCUAAGAUCACAGCGCUUGCGCUUCUUGCGCCUUCCGCGCUCGUCUCUGCUACCCCGACCUUCAAGAACCACGGAACACUGGAUGGGUGGGAUGGAACGAACCACGAACAUAAAGGAACUGUAACCCAAAUCGACAACGUGUCUUACAACUCAGGCACGUCGAUCAAGGUGGUUCAGAUAUACGACCCUAGCUACUCUGGCAGAUACCACUCGGAAGUAUACAAGACAGACGUCUACAAGGUUGGCGACGAGGGGUUCUACGGCUUCGCUUUCAGGUUGCAUUCGACCUGGGACACCUCGACCAAGCAAUCCUACAACAUCGCACAGUUCAUCAGCAACCUGGAGGACAACCCCGACAACACGUGCGGGGACGGUUUCAUCCCGUCGACGAUGAUCUGGGUGGAGGGCAACCAGCUCAUGAUCCGCAGCAAGGGCGGCAACAUGUGCGACAGCACGCUGAAGAAGUUCACGGUCGGCACGAUCAAGCCGGGGGCGUGGCACCGCGUGGUCCUCCAGGCGAAGUGGGCGAGCGACGAGACGGGCUCCCUCAAGGUCUGGCUCGACGGCAAGCAGGCCGUGGACAAAUCCGGCCUCGCUACCACGUACAGGGAUGCGCAGAGGAAGUACGGUUUCCAGUUCCGCACCGGCUUGUACGCGAACAGCUGGCACGACCAGCACAGGCUGGACGGAAGCCAAGGGACGCGACAGCUGUGGAUUGACGAGGUUGCUAUCGGAACCAAGUAUGAGGACGUGGACCCUGGUACGCAGCAGUGAUCUCGUGGGCCAUUCUGAAUUAUUUGAGACGGUUUUUUUUUCUGGUUAGGUUGUUGCUAUAAAUUAGGUAUACAUCAUAUUUGUUUCAUUUCUUUCAGUUUUGCAUAUAGCAUUUGAUUCUUUACACAUAUGUGAGGGUAUAUGACAUUUAGAGUUGUGAUUCAGGAGGAGUUGCCAUUUAAAGAAAAAUACUUCGUAACGAGAGCAAGCAGCUGUGACCAUAGCCCUAUUAAUAGACUUUAAGUCAAAGUUUAAAUAAUAAGAUUAACG